CCCCAGCCCAUCACCCUGGUGUUAGCCGGGCAGCGCUGAGACCGUCUCCCGCUGGGAUCGAGACGAUUCGAUGCGGUUUGCUAAUAUGAAGAUUUGUAAUCUGUGUCUUUUGUAUUUUGAAUGCAUAAAAAUAAUUUAGUUUGCUUUGCUGCAAUGUAAAACGCGGGAGCCUUUCUCUCUGUGUGGAGCACCCAGGGCUGGUCCUUGGUGCCGCUCCGAGGUCCAUCCACUCCUUCUCAUGAAAUGGAAAAUCCUGAAGUGGCUGUGAGCAGCUGCAGUGCGCAAGAUGAUGAAAACCUUUGCAGCUAUAAACGACACUCAUCAGUAUCACAGGAGGGGCUUUUGGAAGAUCAGCUUAGAAGGAAGUUAAAAUUUUUCUUCAUGAACCCAUGUGAGAAAUUUUGGGCCCGGGGCAGAAAGCCUUGGAAACUUGGGAUUCAGUUACUCAAAAUAGUAAUGGUUACAGUUCAGCUGGUGGUUUUUGGAUUGAGCAAUCAAAUGGUGGUUGCCUUCAAAGAAGAGAACACUGUUGCAUUCAAACAUCUUUUCUUGAAAGGGUAUAUGGACAGAAUGGAUGAUACCUAUGCUGUAUACACACAAACAGAUGUCUAUGACCAGAUAUUCUUUGCAAUAAACCAGUACCUCCAGUUGCCCAAUAUCUCUGUUGGAAAUCAUGCUUAUGAGAAGAAGGGAGCAGAAGAGACACCUCUGGCUGUUUGUCAGCAGUUCUACAAGCGAGGAAUCAUCUGUCCUGGAAAUGACACCUUUGAUAUAGACCCAGAGAUUGUGACUGACUGCUUGUACAUUGAGCCAACAACUUCAUUAGACAACACAACAAUGGGAAAGCACAAUUUGAAUUUCACUCUGGAUUUCCCCAGACUGGUGGCAGUACAGCUCAUGUUCAAUCUGAAGGCAAUCAACCUCCAGACUGUUCGUCACCACGAGCUCCCCGACUGCUACGAUUUCACUCUGAGGAUUGUGUUUGAUAAUAAAGCACACAGUGGAAGAAUUAAAAUAAGUCUAGACAAUGACAUAGCAAUCAGGGAAUGUAAAGAUUGGCACGUUUCUGGAUCAAUACAGAAGAACACUCAUUACAUGAUGAUCUUUGAUGCUUUUGUCAUGCUGACUUGUCUGGCUUCAUUGAUCCUUUGCACCCGAUCAGUGAUUAAAGGAAUUUGGCUCCAAAGGGAAUUUGUAAGCUUUUUCCUAUAUUAUUAUAAGAAGGAAGUAUCUUUCAGUGAUCAAAUGGAAUUUGUCAAUGGGUGGUACAUCCUAAUUAUGGUUAGCGAUGUCCUAACUAUUGUUGGAUCAACUCUAAAGAUGGAGAUACAAGCUAAGAGUCUGACAAGUUAUGAUGUCUGCAGCAUACUCUUAGGAAUAUCAACUAUGCUUGUUUGGCUUGGAGUCAUUCGCUACCUAGGUUUCUUUCAGAAGUAUAAUGUAAGGAUCUCCUGGGAUCUUCAUACUGUUGGUAUUUAUUCUGUUUGUUGCUAUAAGAGGACUGGAAGAAGUAUCUGGUUGAAUUCUAACUGUUUGCAUUGCUUUGUGCAGCUUCUCAUCCUAACACUGCGAGCAGCAUUACCCAAUGUAAUGAGGUUCUGCUGUUGUGCUGCUAUGAUCUACCUGGGUUAUUGUUUCUGUGGAUGGAUUGUACUGGGACCAUACCAUGUGAAGUUUCGCACUCUGAACAUGGUUUCUGAAUGCCUUUUUUCAUUGAUUAAUGGAGAUGACAUGUUUGCCACCUUUGCAGAAAUGCAGCAGAAAAGUUACUUGGUUUGGUUAUUCAGUAGGAUAUACCUCUACUCCUUCAUCAGUUUGUUCAUCUAUAUGGUGCUGAGUCUCUUCAUUGCACUCAUUACAGAUACGUAUGAAACAGUCAAGCACUACCAGCAAGAUGGCUUUCCCGAGACAGAACUUCAGAGAUUCAUAUCACAGUGCAAAGACUCACCAAACUCUGGGAGGUACAGGUUAGAGGAGGAAAGUUCUGCUUCUCUCUUCUGUUGUUGUAAUGGUUGUAGUAAACAUAUUUAAUGGAUUGUGGGAGUGUAUCAUGGAGGCUUUAAAGCAGCACACAUUACAAGAACUGGACAAUGGAGCUGGUGGAAAACCUUAUCUCUGAAGACUUUAUUUGCUUUUCUCAAAAAACAGUGUAAGCCUGUGGCAGAAGUUUGUGCUAAACUUACAGACUUUUUGAUUAGACAUUCACUGCUAGUUCAGGGGACUUGAGGAUGGUUUUUAUUAGUUCUAUUCUAUUUGUUUCCUCAGUUAAAUUGUGCUCGGAUGCAAAAGGCAUAAAAACCUGUCUGUGUUCAGAGACUUGGCUAGAUUAUAAGAGUAGAAUAUAAAUGUAGUAACUUUCAACUGUAAGUAGAAUUCAUGUUGGACAACUUCAGCUUUGAACACCAGCCUAGCCCUCAGUACUGCAGGCAUUAUCUGUCUAUGGCUGACCUGUUACUGAAUGAAUGAAAGCUCACUAGAGCCCUCAGAAUUUUUGGUUUAUUUGCACUCACAGUAAAAAUAAAUACUAUAAAAUUUGGUGUAAUAUGUGUCUGGAGUCAUUACAGUGAGUUGAUACACUCAAAUAUUGCUGAAAGAUAAAAUAAGUAUUUCUUUAAACACAAGUACCACUGGAUGUGACAAUCUAUUCUCAGAGAGGUUGGGAUAUGCCAGACUGAAGUUGAGGGAUGAGCUGUGUGGAGAAAUGUUCUCAUGUAUCAAGCACUGAGCAGGGUCAGUUACAGUCUUCAGCUUAACAGUGUUUGGAUCUUACAUUUUUAAAGGAAAAAUUAGACAAAAACCCUUUUGAAAUACCUAUUUUUCUAAAAUUUGAAAUCUUCCUCUGGCAUACAAGUCUGUAAACCUGAAGUCUAAACUAAGUUAAGGACACAGGAGAUGUGUCUGAGUUUUCUCUCUCCACAUUUUAGAAACUGGAUAUUUCCUAGCAACUGAAUAACCUGCUACUGUCAGUGGCUGGCUGAAACAUUAGCUCUUCUAAAAGUUCAGUUUCAACAACUUAGUUUGUAUUCUUUGUUGAUUGUGAUACUAUUUAAUGGAUGCCUUAUUUUCUAUAGUCUAUUCACUCUGGGAGCAGAAUAGAAAACUAAAGGGAAGCAUAUUUUAGAGAACUUGCAUUUGUGAGCAACAUUGCUGUAGCGGUGUGUGACAAUGUACAAUGAAUGCUGCAGAGGACACUAAACAUAUUCUGUCUGAAUGCCUACACAUUGUAAAUGUGCUACAAUAAACACAGCUGCAGUAAC